GUCCACAUGCAAGUGUGUGUCUUUGCAUUAAAAAGAGAAGAUAGUUCUGCAGAGUACUCAAGGAGGGGAAAAACACUGUUCCUCCUACUUCCUACUGAACAGCUGUGUGUGUCUAUGAAAGGGUGGAGGGCCCUGAAAAAGGGGAAGGAAGAGAAAUAUUCUCACAGUACAGCAUGUGCUUUUACCUCACACAUUGAUGUAUGGACUCUGAUGGACAGCUCUCAAGUUUUUUCUCCUAGUUUAUUGCCUGAGUGACAGUAAGUGCGAAGUGUCAUUGUCAAUCUCGCCUUUCUCCUUGUGGCUGACAGUGACAUCAACACCCUCGCACUUGUCAGUUUGCCUGCAUCUUUACUUGUGGAAUGAUGACUGAGCUCAGGAUGGCUAACAAUUCCUUAUUGGAUGGACUGCUCAACAGUCCCCACAGUAAGCCUUUUCUCAAGAGACGAUGCCUCAGUGAUACCUCGGACCUGUUUGCCAUGAUCGAGAGGAUGCAGGGUUGCAGAAUGGAUGAGCAACGAUGCCCCCUCCCCCCCCCCCUCAAAACAGAAGAGGACUACAUUCCUUAUCCCAGCGUUCAUGAGGUUCUGGGUCGCACUAGCCCUUUUCCACUCAUCCUGCUGCCCCAGUUUGGAGGCUACUGGAUCGAGGGGACCAAUCAUGAGCCUAAAGACGCACCAGAAGCAGAUAAACCCCCCUGUCCUACCUCCCACAUCAAACUGGAGACAAACAGCACUGCCAAGAUAUACAGAAAGCAUUUCAUGGGCAAGGAACACUUUAAUUAUUACACCAUGGAUGCUGCCCUGGGCCACUUGGUAUUUUCCAUGAAAUAUGAUGUCAUUGGGGAUCAGGAGCAUCUGCGCUUGAUGCUUCGCACAAAGCUAAAAACCUACCAUGAUGUGAUUCCGAUUUCCUGUCUUACCGAGUUCCCCAAUGUGGUUCAGAUGUCCAAGCUUGUUUGUGAAGAAGUAAAUGUGGAUAGGUUUUAUCCUGUCCUCUACCCAAAGGCAUCAAGGCUCAUUGUCACCUUUGAUGAGCAUGUGAUCAGCAACAACUUCAAGUUUGGAGUUAUUUAUCAAAAGUUUGGCCAGACAUCAGAGGAGGAGCUGUUUGGGAACAUGGAAGAAAGUCCUGCCUUUGUUGAGUUAUUGGAGUUUCUGGGCCACAAGAUUGAGCUUCAUGACUUUAAAGGGUUUCGGGGUGGGCUGGAUGUCACUCAUGGGCAGACGGGGACAGAAUCCAUCUACACAAGUUUCCAUAAUAAGGAGAUUAUGUUCCAUGUGUCCACCAAGCUGCCCUACACAGAGGGAGACUCACAGCAGCUGCAGAGGAAGAGGCACAUAGGGAACGACAUUGUUGCCAUCGUGUUCCAGGAGGAGAACACUCCCUUUGUACCAGACAUGAUCCAGUCCAACUUCCUGCAUGCGUAUGUGGUGGUGCAGGUGGAGAAUGCAUGUACGGACAAUGUCACUUACAAGGUGUCUGUGACAGCGCGGGAUGAUGUACCUUUCUUUGGGCCUGCUCUGCCUGACCCUGCCAUCUUCAAAAAGGGCCCUGAGUUCCGUGAGUUCCUCUUCACUAAGCUCAUCAAUGCAGAGUAUGCCUGCUACAAGGCUGAGAAGUUUGCCAAGCUUGAGGAGCGUACACGUUCAGCCCUCUUGGAGACUCUGUAUGAGGAGCUGCACAUAAACAGCCAGUCCAUGAUGGGUCUGGGUGGAGACGAAGAUAAGCUGGAGAACGGGGGCGGGGGUGGAGGAGGAGGCUUCUUUGAAUCCUUUAAGCGGGUCAUCCGCAGCAGAAGCCAGUCUAUGGACGCCAUGGGCCUCAGUAACAAGAAGUCACACACAGUCUCCACUAGUCACAGUGGCAGCUUUACCCAUAAUCCCGCAGAGAGCCCCAAAACCCCUGGGAUUUCACUGAUCAUUCCUGGGAAAAGCCCAACCAGGAAAAAGUCUGGGCCAUUCAGUUCCCGUCGCAGCAGCGCCAUUGGCAUUGAGAACAUCCAGGAGGUCCAAGAGAGGAGUCGGGAGGUGUCACCCAGCACCCAGAGGACACUGGACACUAGCCACUUUUCAAUGGAAAACAAAUCAGACAACUCCUCUAAUCACAGUUCUCCAGAAUUUCCUACUACUAAGAACAGUUUGGCGAUGUGUUGCAGGGCAGCAUCCAUUCCCGAGGCUCAGGACCUUUCCCGCUCCUCCUCCAAUGCCAGCAGCUUUGCCAGCGUAGUGGAGGAGCAUGAAGCAGAUGAGGAGUACGACACUGGACUGGAAAGUGUGUCUUCUUGUGUUACGCCACUCAAGAAAGACUCAUUUGUGUACAGCUCUGCAGUGGAGGACAGUGCGUGCGGUACCAGCCAGGGGAGUUUUCCAGCAGCUUCUCAUCUUCAGCAGCAACUGGAUGGAGUGAAGACAUCAGAGCCAAAAGGGACAGACAGCCAGUCCAAGACAGAUCGCCCCUCACAGGAGCACAAGUUCUCAUCGAACUGUUAGCCAUACUCCUCUGAUAGCUACAUCAACGUCCGUUUUCAGACGAGAAGCAGAACUAGAAGCCAGAUCAAGAGACUGACGAAUCUGCUUUUGUAUGUUUGUCAUGGAUUUGCUGCCUGUAAUGACAGACCCCCAGCUCCAUGGACAUGUACCUACCUAUCGCCCUCAUUCCAGCUCCAUGCGGAACCCUCCUUGAAUGCUCAAGGCAAAGGAAACCUCCACACCCAUGCAGCAUCACUAUUGACUGUCAGCUGGUUUAGCAGAAUAAAUCUGGCUGUCUGCUCAGUCUUCAGGCCAGUAAGCUCUGAAACCUGAUUCUUACUGUAAACACUACAGAUCAGGAUUAGAAGAGGGGUUUAAUGUUACGACUAAAAGAGUGGUAAGGUGAAAAAGAGACAGACAACUGGUGUUUGUUUAGCUUGUGAAACAGCGGGUCUAUAGAGAGGAUAAUUGCACUAGAGAGGAAACUGUUUUUUAAUGUCAACCUUACAUCCCACUGUGAUAUUGUACAUGGGUUAAACUUUGAUGUACCGGGUGUGUGGGUGGCUGUCUGUCAGGCCACUACUUGUGUUUUAUUGAAUUUAUUCUUCUUCUGAGUAUUCUGCACUGUCAUGUUUGACGACAGCUUCAGUAUAUCUGUCAUGUUUUUGAUGGAGGGUACUUCUGAGAUGCUGUUGUUGGUGGCUGUAAUAGCAUCAGUCACCUUCCUCCUAGGUGCGUGAAGGGAGAAAUAACUGCAUCUUUAAGAUUCGAAUUUAGAGUUUACAGUAUGUCUGUAGAAAGAACAUUUUAACAGAACUGUAGACUCCAUCAAUGCUAUAUAAUUAGAGUAAAGUGCAUAAUUACAGUAGUGCCCCAACCAGCAACAUGCAUCCUCAUUCUCCCCUUCAAGGUACUGCUGUUUAGACCUUUGUCUCCAAAUACUGUUUGUCACACACCACUUGUUGAUUUGAUGUCUGUGUACAGGUGUGUGUAUACAACGGUACUGUGCAUGGUGUAAAUCUGCUUGGCAAAAACCCUCCUCUGUACACUGGUGCCAUGCUUGACAUAGAGGUGUUGUCCCUGUGAUUUGUGUUUUAUUGAAAACCAGCCGACAUCUCCAGAUGCAGUGCACAUUGCUGGUAGAGAGCCAAAUGCCACAGUUUCCUACUUUAUUUGUUAAGUGUAAUAUUUGUGCGUGACAUAAGCACUACAUUACGAAGUCCAAAAUACUUACCUUUUGAAAAACCUGAUUUGUUGCUGAAUAAGAAUUACACUGUGACUCGUCUUGAAGUUGCCUUUCUAAUGAUUGUGUCGUGUGAGCGGCUUUGAAGGACAGUCAUAUUUAAAGGCACUGCAUUGCCAACUGGCUUGAAUGUAAAACUAGGCGGAUAUGUAUUUAUUUGUACAUAUCUGCGCCAAUGAAUGGUGAUUUGGUGUUGACUCCUGACCACAGUAAACUUGAGUCUGCAACAUCUCACCUCUCCUGAGCGGAGAAGCUUUUUCCUAUCUUCGGUUUGUUAUGAAAGGAAGAACUGAUACAUGAAGUUGUUUUAUUUCAGUGAUACAACUGAAGCGGACAUGAGAUUUAUUGUCUGUAGUAAAUUAAUGACAGCAUUUACAGUUUGUGAAAGUACAAAAGAGUUAAGACACUGAACCAAAUGCAAAACAGCUGUAAUCAUCAAGCUGUUUAUAGCUACAAUUUUCUUGGAACAAAGUAACAUGUUGCAUUUAACGCUACAGGAAAAUGGCAUAGAAAAAAAAAUGUAUUUGGACUGUAAUUAAUUUCUGUAAUAAUAACACAUUUGUAUAUUACAGCCUUUAAAAUUGAUUUGGGAUCAUUUCAAAUGAUUUUCCUCUGGACUUUGAGUAGAUGAAGUACGCCCUCUUAUGGCUCUGUAUUAUUAAAGCAUAUGUGGUACCAUUCAUCUAACUGUGCUUGCACUGUAUGCCAACAGCUGGUCCAAACCACAGCAGGAUUGCAAGUGAAUCUUCUAUGUGCUCGAUUCAAAUGAUUGUAUUUUCUGUUCUUGUCAACAGUCUGCUUAAGCCCUUGUUCAAAAGAUUUGUUUGUAUAUAUUGCUUUUCAUCAUUUUGUAAAUAAAACCAACAAAAAUGUUUAAUAAAGAUAAAGAUGCAUACAGUA